AUGCGAUUUCAGCUCCGGGCCACAAUUUCAUCAAACAUAGGAGGGAAAAACGAUACAAUUAGAUGUAGUCUUUCUUCAUUAACUGGCCGACCCGGAAGGAAUCACAUCAUUGUCAACCUAGAGACUACAGGAUCGGUUGAAUCACACAAAUUUGCAUCGGAAUUGUUUGGGGAGUGUGAAGACCGGAUGACUAACUUAAACGUCAUGGGCUUAAACCUUCAACAACCGUUCGACGCUGUCAACAACCAAGGUCAGACGAUCAUCCGAAUUGCCGUGAGAUUCGUCGGAGAUGAUUCAACGGGCGAAUGGCACAGCGUAUAUGGUAGUGCAACCGAGGUGAUGCAUAUUGCUGAAGCGACCUGCUCGAAAGUAAGCAACGGUUUGGAGUGCAUUUGUAAACACAUUUCGCCGUGGUACUAA